AAUUUCCAAUCUAUAUUAGGAUGAGAUAAACUUGGCUAUUGAAUUUUCACUCAUUUUCUCAGUAUUUGUCUUACUUUUCAUUCCAAAAGCUCUUACAUUUCUACUUCGAUUUGCCUUUUUUUCUGGUCCCCUAAUUUCUGCUUUUGGGUUUUCUGUUCUCUACCUUUUCUAUCUUUUCUAUCUUUUUCUCCUUAACUUUUAAUGGGUAUGUAUUCGAAUUGGCCUUCUUUGAAGGAGAAUCUUGAAUUUUGCUGCAAAAACCAUCAAAAACUGCUAACUGCUUAGUAUUUGACUCGAAGUUGUUUUCUUUAUGCUUUUUGAUAUAUAUAUUUUUUAAUCUGGCGUUGCUUCGAGGCUGGCUUAAUAUGAUUAAUCGUAUAAAGGGCUUGUCUGUGGCUGUAAUUUCUAUUUGAAACUGAUUCUAGGAGUUUUUACUCCUCCAUUCUUACCGAGGGUUUUGUUUGACUUCAUCUUUGGUACUUAGGUUCACGGCCAAAAAUAUGAAUAUUUGGCUCUUAGGAUGACCACCUUACAUUCAACUUUAAUGAAUAAGCUUUAUGAUAUUUAACAGGUGAGAUGCAAGGGAAAAAUGGAAAACCCAAGCUUCUUGAUCAAGCUUUUUCUGCCUUUUUUGUGCAGCUUCCUAACAAACUUCAAAACCAUCUUAAGUCACAGUUCAAGGGAUUAGCAAAAGAUAAUGAUGGAUUUGAAUCUGCGAACUCUUUUCUCGAGAAGGAGAAGGGUUCAUUUGCUGGAUUGAGGAUUGAUAUGGAGAAACAAUUGCAAGCUUGGAGAGAAAAUCCUUCGUGGGUCAAUCAACCUCCAGAAAUAAAGGUUAGUGUGCCAAAAGGUUCUCUUUGCAACCUUAAGGCAAAACUUGAUGUUGGGUUGCCCCCAGAUGCAGUGUAUGAUAUUUUAACUGAUCCUGAUAGUAAGAGAAUUUUCAAGAACAUUAAGGAAGUGAUAUCUAGAAAGGUUUUAGUUGAUGAAGGUCAAAGACAGGUGGUUGAGGUGGAGCAAGCUGCUUUGUGGAGAUUCCUUUGGUGGUCAGGUACCAUCUCAGUUCGUGUUCUAGUGGAUCAAAACCGGGAAGAUCACUCGAUGAAGUUCGAACAAGUAAACACAGGAUUCAUGAAGAAGUUUGAAGGUCAGUGGAGAAUAGAACCUAUUUUUGUGGAUGAAGAAACCUGUUUUCCUUUCAAACCUAAAACAUUGGCGGAGUAUUGUUCAUGUAGUGGGGGUAAAGGAAGAAUUGGGUCAAAGGUGAGCUUGGACCAACUGGUUCAACCAGCCAUUGUCCCUCCCCCACCCAUUUCUUGGUAUCUAAGGGGAAUAACUACCAAGACCACUGAGAUGCUGAUACAUGAUCUAGUUGCUGAAGCUGACAGACUCACAGGUGGGCGUCGAUCUGACUCUGAAACUUCGAGCAAGAAGUUUAGAUUAUCUAAGGAGCUAAACGAAUACGACCCGAUUGAGCAAAUAUUCAACAUUAAACAAAGAUGGAGCUUACAUAGGAGAAAUGCAAAGCAACAUCGUAAGAAGUUGUUGAAUGUAUAAUCAUUUAAUUUUUUAUUACAUCAAUUUCAUUUGAAAUCUGUUGUUUCAAUGUUUAUAUAUGUUAAGUAUGACUCUUAUUUCAGUCAAAUUUGAGAAAUAAUUUUCUUGUUAAA